AUGUUAAUCAUCAGCCACAGUCAACAUUUCUUUGUCUUCGUCUUGUUUCUGAGUAUUGCGUCACAAGCAACGGGACAACAUUUAAUUGCAUAUUUAUCGCAACAUGGCCUCCACGGUGAAAUCACAUUUCGCCAAGUCAAUACUAGUCAUGUCGAAAUAAUAUCGGAAUUAGAAACAACUCUCCAAUAUCCCGAUCAAGUCUGGAGUUGGUCGGUACGCAAAUUUCCCAUAGAUUACACCAAUACGGAUACAAAUGAGCGGUGUGCCCUUGAUCGACUGGGGGAACAAGUUCUAACGUUCGACGAUGAUUUGGAAUAUAUUAUAUUGCCGGGAAAUGAAUCAACAACGUGGUUUAAGGAAAUGCAGCUGAUUGGUCCCAAGGGUAUAUGGGGUAAAUCGCUGGUAUUGACCGAAAUAUCCCGCAAUGUACGCGUCUGUGCCACCAUUACCACAAUACAGAUGUCCGUGGAGCAUGUGGCGGAGGCCCGUUUCAAUACCCCCGUUGCCGGUUCGGUAUAUUUCCGUUGGUUAGCCCCGACAGAUGAGGCAUCCGGCGAUACUCUCAUUUAUUCCGAUCUAUAUCACAUUCAGUCACAACCUGCCAAUUCAGAUCCUAGUCAACCAAUGACGAAGCAUCGUUGGAAAAUUUUCGUUACAGAUAUUUUAAAAUUUGAUCAUCAUCGUACCGAGGAUAAUUGUAAUUUCUUGCAAUUGGUAUUCGAUCCGGCCGGAGAGGGUGAAGGUCGUGGCAUUGGUGAUUUAGAUACACGUUUGGGUAAAUUGCGGGUGGCUAAGAACGCCUUGCGUUCACCACAACGUGUUGUGUUUCGUGAUGAAAAAUUAGCCCUCCUGCCAUCCGAUUUGACAAUACCCCAUCGUACCCUGUAUUUGGUGUUGUUUGAGGACCAGCAUCCGGAUAAUUUUUUGGCUUGUACACAAAUUCGCAGGGUUAAGCCGUUGACAUAUAAGUCCAUAAUAAACCAUGAGGGUAUUAAGGGCGAAAUUACCAUGACCCAACGCUCGAAAUUUGAUCCCACUUUCUUGAAUUUCACCAUGAAUACGGUGGCGGAAAAUGCCACAAAUGUGGCUCGUAAAUUUGCCGAGGAUGUUGCUGCCUUCCGGAUACAUCAGUUACCCCCGGCUCCACUCAAAUUGGGCUUGCCAGGAUAUUGUGAAUCCACUGGGGAACUUUACAAUCCUCGAGAGGUGGAGAAACAUCAAAUACCUCCCGCUGGCUAUGGUACCCAAGAUCAAUAUCCCAUCGGAGAUUUAAGUGGCAAAUUGCAGAGUCGAAAUAAAAAUUAUUAUCAUCACUACUUCUUGCCUGGAACCAGUUCUGAGCUUAAUGGACUCUAUUGGGAUAUAUUUUUACCUCUACAGGGUCUGGAGAGUAUUGCCCAUCGUAGUUUGGUCGUAUAUCAAUACAAUCGUACCCAGCUGGAUAAUAUCACGGAAAUGGUGUGGGACUGUGCGAACAUAAAUCAGUAUCAGCCGAAUGGUAUCUAUCAGAAGCCGAUGUUUACGGCCCAAGUGCUAUUCCGCUAUCCGAUUGUGGGUAGAGUUCUAUUUCGACAACCCGCAGAGGAGCCAUGGCAGGAUACAACAGUAAUUUUUGAAUAUCUCAUCCAUGCGGAUGGUUCGACACAGAAUAAUACCUUCUCACAUCGCUGGGCUAUACACAGCAGUGCUCCGGGUAAAGAUUUUUAUGAUUGGCAAAAUCGUUGCAUUUCGGCGGGUGGGGUAUUUAAUCCCCAUAAGGUGGAUUGGGGUAAUCGUUCGGUGGAGGAUUAUUGUAGUGCUCGGCUACCGGGUAUGUGUCAGGUGGGAGCAUUAGAUACUCGGAUAGGGACCCUCAAUAUUGCCGGAAGUAAGCAAAAUGCUCAACAAAUAAGUCGUCGAAUGUUUACCGAUACUAAUUUGCCGCUGUCGGGAAGGCACAACAUUCUGGGGAAGUCUUUGGUACUGUACGAUGAUUUUGGACCCCAAGCCAGAGGGGAGAGACUGGCGUGUUCCAUAAUCAUAGGUCACUAUCGCCGCAAGGUGGUGGCCAAGGAAUGGUAUGCCAAUGGGGAUGAGGUAAAUGUGAUUGGUAAAGUUGAGGUGACUCAGCAAUCGGAAUAUGAUAUCAGUAAUAUUGAGGUGCAAUUUAAGGGACUCAAUGAAAACAGUGGCUAUCACAUACAUAUGACCCCCGUAGAGGACAACUUGGCCUUCCCUUGUGAAGAGACCACCCUGUAUGGUCACUUCAAUCCUUUUCAAGUGAAUCCAAAACAUUCACCGCCACCGCGACACGGCAGUACCGAACAAUAUGAAAUGGGCGAUUUGAGUGGAAAAUUCGGAACCUUAGAUAAGCUGACGCAAUAUGAAGGAUUCUUCAAUGACACCCAGUUGCCAUUAUUUGGUAUAAAUAGUAUUAUUGGGAGAUCGGUAGUUAUACACAAGAAGAGGAGGAAUGCUCGUUGGGCUUGCAGCACAUUGGAGCGUGGUUAUUCACCAAGUGAGGCAAGGGAAAUUCGAGCUAUUGCCUCAUUUCAUCAUCCCACAGGAUAUGCAUAUGGUUAUGUUAAAAUGACCCAAUUGAUUCACAAUGAUGGCAGUCAGUCGGAUACGGUGUUGGAAGUGAAGCUAAGGCAUCCGGGUAAAAAUGAUAGGAAUGUGACCCGCAAUCAUAAUUGGCAGAUUUUUGUUAAUCCAGUUGGUGUCGAUGCUGCAGUCAAGCCCACAAACACAAGAUGUGUAGCUGGAGGUUAUGUUUGGAAUCCCUAUUUUACCCAAUUGGCAGAUCCUUUGAAUCGUGACUUAUAUGAACGUGAAUGUGGACCCGAUAAUCCGUUGCGUUGUUAUGUAGGUGAUGUUGGGGCACGUUUAGGGCCAAUAGAUCUUGGUGAUGAACGAAAAGUUUUCACCGAUCCCAAUUUCCCACUCGAAGGACCAGUGGGUGCCAUUGGACGUUCAUUGGUCAUCUUUGCUCCCGAUUUUUCGGGAGAACGGUUUGCCUGUGCCAACAUUGAACCGGAUCAUAAUGUUAUUAAAUAUAUAAAUUUGCAAAAACCUCCCAGAUUUGUGGUAGCCCAAUUCCUGGAAGAAUUACGUUCCGUUAUGGGCAUACCGGAAUGGAUGUUAGAUGUGGAUGCAAGGAAAACAAAGGAACUACACGGUGGUUCCUGCAUACAAAUGAUUAUACAUUUUAAGGGACCCAUAGCUCAUCGCCUGGAAUUGGAUAUGUCACGGCUGAUUGCCGCAGGUCGUUUGGAUGCUCCCAGUUUGUAUAUACCCGGUUAUGUUAAUACGAAACGUAAGGCGACUAUUUCGUAUAGGACUUGUGGUGUUCGGGAUCGUAAUGAACGUAACAAAUCCAGUAGAGGUGGCUCCUCGGAUUCCAUCCAGAAUGAACAUAAUUUAAUAUUGUUGAUAUUACUCAGUGUAUAUUCAUUAAGAAUGUAUUUGUUUUAAGUUAUUGUAAA